AUGGAGAUCCCACCAGUUCCAACCGAUACAACAAUGGAGGAGGAGCAUCAUAUUGUAAAGGCCGACGAAGUCGAUCAAACCGGCACCGAUAUCUCGACCAUCUCCGACGAUCAACUGAUGAAAGAAGUGGCGGAGGAAUUGCGGCAAGAGCAGGCCCAAGAACAAGAACAGAAUCAGGAACAGGAACAGGAACAGACAUCUGAAGCUAUACCCGCGACCGAGUCCGGCAAUUCUCAACCAGAGAAGAAUGCUAAACGGCCCGAACUACGUCGAGACGCCCCAGUUGCUCCUCCACCACCCCGUCAACCUCCUCCUCCAGCCCCGGUACAGCAAAAUGCGGACCGAGCCCCCGAUUCCUUGAGUUUGGCACAGCUACAGAGGCUUGUACAGGAGAUGCCCAAAAUUGAACAGCCGGCAUACGCAUUUGAAUACGCCGACUCUCAGGCUUUCCCGGAGGAGCUGGAUGAGUGGUUUCAAUACAAUGACUUUGAUCGUGUGAUGCUGGCGGGCAUGAAGGGAACCUUCGAUCGUCAAUGGGCUACAUUCUGCCGCCAACAGAACCCAGGGACAAUAGGCCUGUCCUGGAUAGAUGCAUCUGAUGAUCUGAGACAAUUAUUCAUGACCCAGUCCCUCGAUAGGCUCCAAUAUCCCGAGAUAUCGGUACGGCUGGAGGCCCUAGAGAAUAUUACCUACACCGUCACUGGUGUGUGGGGCCUUACUGCUGGGCAUUCGACCCCGGAUUAUCCAUCAAACCUGGAUACGAAAUCUGCUGCGGAGACACCGCGAUCAAAAUCGCUACAGAUCGAGUGGAUUGAAUUGAACGUAUCACUCGUCCUGCACUGCGGAGGAAUCCCGACAUUGGUCAAAAGAUUAUCGCAGCUAUUUGAUCGCCGUCGUUCAUCAUUUUGUACCGACCAGGAUGGGUUGGAAUUCGAAAGGCUCCAUCCAGGCGAUAUACCUGCGCCAGAACGUGAAGCCAAUCUAGUUUUGACAUUGCUUUAUUUCGCGAUUGAAGUCGGCCGUCGACAAGAGUCCCGUGAUCCUAAGUGUACACCAAUUCGGGAUGCACUGACAGCGUCUGACCCCUGCUUGUUGGUAACAAUUGUUGAAAUUAUUGCUCGGCUUCGGUGGGAUGAAACGGCAAAUAUUCCCCUUACGCGAAUUAUCCUUCUUCUCUGGAAAUCCUUACUAUUUGUCUUCGGUGGAAGUGACCAGUUGAAGAAAGCUAAGGAACUACUGGAGCCAUCAGUGUCUUAUGAAGACGAUUCUGUUAAUCGCAGAGGUCCAUUCCUACACGCCUCCCCUUUGGACUAUCACCUGUUUCGACAGGAAAUCACCUCAAAAUACCCCGCUUACAACCCUCCCCCUCCCAUCGUCCCCUUAGAACUUGAAAACAACUCCAUUCUCCCUCCUCUUCCCCAACACCCAGCCAGAGUGAACGCUUCCAGUGGUAUAUUCUCUGGGGUUGGACCAUCAAUCGCCGGUGGAAAUGGGUCCAUUAUCCAGCAAGCUGUUCAUAUUGCAACUCCAGCACCAUCUCCACCCCCAUCACCAAUUGGUCCUGGUGGCAAAGCCGGAAAGAAACAAAACUACCAGACAAACCAGAAUUUUCCUCUGAUGUAUCCUCCUCUGGACGAUAGCAGCAACAAAAUCGGUGGCAAAGGCACAACUAACCGACAGGAUGUCCUAGUUGGAAAACGCUGGGAAGGUAGCGAUGUCCCGGCUUCAAUCAUUGAAGCUGGUCGACUUUUCUCUACCCACGUUAAAAUGACUCGAGCUAUGGGUCAAUUGUGGGAAGAGCGAGAGAACUUCAUGAAGUAUGAUCGUGGAUGGAAUCUUGCCAAGGCACAGCAGCAGUUCGAGUUCGAUCCCUUCGUGUCGGAUGAUUUGAGUGAUCAAAUUGAAGAUUUAAAUCUAUCCAGCUCCGAGGAGAGCGAGUCCCCUAAGAAAGUUCCAAAGGAAACAGAUGAUCCUGAUAUCCAACGGCGUCUGGACGCAGUCGAAAAUUUCUACGCACAUACACUGGCCCAUCUCCAGUCAAUUACAAUUGUCUUCUUGAAAAUAAUCCUGACGAAUGUCAGUGCUGUAGUCAAUCAGGCCAAUUCACAGGCCGCGCAGAGCAUGAGUAAUGGUAUGAACGGAUCUUCAGGGGAAUUCUUCCAUGAAACCUCUGUUGAUGAGCUUGAUAAUAUUCGCCUUCGGGAGAUAACUUCAAAGGCUGUUUCUGGAACUCUGCUACUCCUUGUUAAAUGGUUUAAGCGAUCUCAUAUCUUGAAGUUUGAAUACAUGACACAGCUCCUGCUUGAUUCCAACUAUCUACCUUUGAUCCUGAAGAUGUUUGCUCAUCAAGAUGUGGACCAAGCGGCAGCACAGAAAAACGACCGUGAAGACCUUUCUUUCUUCCAUUUCUGUCGUGAGCACAAUGACAACCCCUCUGAGCUCGAAGAAGAUGGCGGAGACACCGAAAGCGAAGACGAAGCAGCACCACCACCAAUCGCCCGCCACCGUCCAAACUUCACUCGCAACAACACCUCCAUGCGCAACAUAUCGCCCGAAGAAUCCAUGAACGAUCUCAUGGAAGGGCACACCCGCCCCGAAGUCGACGAACUAGGCUACCCCACCGCCCCCCUCCCCAAGGAACCAAUAACAGUCUUCUCAUUCCGCAACUUCUUCUCCGCAAUCAACUACCUCCACAUAAUGCAGAAGAUCACCCGCGACAAAGGCCACCGCUGCCUCCUUCUAGUCCAGUACAAAUCCUCCACAAUCCUACGCAAGGGUCUCAAGAUCCCAGACCCCCAUCUCCGCUUCUACACACUCAAGCUCUUCAAAUCUCAAGUUCCAUAUUGUGGAAGAAAGUGGCGGCAGAGCAAUAUGCGCGUUAUCACUGCUAUUUAUCUGUACUGCAAGCCUGAGCUGAGAGAUGAUUGGCUUUCUGGUUCGGAUGUUGAUGCCGAUGUUGAAGAGGCUUUGCCGCUUGAACAGGCGUUGAGGGGGCUGACGCAUUGGUGGCAUCUUAGACAGUAUAAGGAUGUUAUGGGGGGUUCAGAGGGUACUUCUAUGAUGGAGGAGGAGAGAGAUUUCUUUGUGAGAGAGCUUGAGUCUAUGGGGUGGGGAUUUACGGAUGAUAGUAUGCUUGAGGAGUCGGAUCUGGGUAAUCAGAUGAUGAAUGGGACGGAGUGGGAUGGCGGUUUGCAGAUUGAGCAAUCAUGGUAG